AUGUUCCUCUUGGAGUACUUACAGCAUCGCCGAGACUGCCGGUUCAAGCAGGAUGAGCGAGUCCGUCGCCUGGGUGCUUUGAGCGCAUACCGAACCCCAUUCAGCCCAUUGGACAGAGAAAUCAUCAACAAGCCGAUUGAGCAGCUCGUUCGAGAAGUGCAAGACGAUCCUAGCAAAGCAGCAGGGCUGCUCCGAACAUACGGAAAGGUAGCCAUCAAGGCCCAUGAAAAGACCAACUGCGUCACCGAGGUCCUCCUCGAGGAUGCCGAGGAGUGGAUCAAGGAUGGCUCCAUCAACUUCAAGGGGCCCCUUGCCGGCAUUCCUGUGAGUUUGAAGGACACCAUUGAUGUCAAGGACUAUGAUAGCUCUGUUGGCGUGACUUGCAAUGUCCGCAAGCCAAAGACGGAAGACGGUGUCACUGUGAAGCUUUUGAAGGAGCUCGGAGCUGUGCCUUAUGUGAAAACAAACGUGCCCAUCACCCUCCUAAGUUUCGAGUCCUCCAACGACCUCUGGGGACGUUCUACGAACCCGUACAACAGCAAGUACACUCCUGGCGGCUCCACGGGCGGCGAGGGUGCUUUGCUUGCCAUGGGGGGUAGGAUCGGUAUCGGCAGUGACGUUGCGGGCAGUGUGCGAUGUCCCGCCCACUUCUCGGGAAUCUACUCGCUCAAGUGCUCGACUGGCCGCUGGCCCAAGCUUGGCGCGACCACCAGCAUGCCCGGGCAGGAAGGUAUCCCGGCUGUAUACAGCCCAAUGGCGAGGACCUUGAACGACCUCUUUUACUUCACGCGAGCUGUUUUGGAAAAGGGCACCUACAACUACGAUUACUCGUGCCAUCCCAUUCCGUGGAGAGGAGACGUGGUCCGCGAGUACAGAGAGAAGAAGGUUCUCCGGGUUGGUAUCUUGCGGACAGACGGCGUCAUCGACCCCAGUCCCGCCUGCAAGCGAGCACUGGACAUGACCGAAGCGGCUCUCCGCCGAGCCGGGCACGAAAUUGUCGAGAUUGAACCUCCUGAACCUUACGAGGCCCUCUGCCUUGCCUCCCGCCUUCUGUGUGCCGACGGUCUUGAUAUUGUGCGUGGCUUCUUCAGAACUGGCGAGUGGAACGACCGAGGCGUGGCCCAGAUGCGAUUCUACGCCAAACUUCCCAGCCCAAUCAAGUAUCUACACUACCUUUGGGUACGAUACGUUCGUCGCGAUCCUGUUUGGGCCGGCUUGCUCCGGAACUGGCGCCGCACCACCACCACCGAAUACUGGGGCCUCAUCAGCCGAAGAGAAGCCUACAAGAGGCGAUGGUGGGAGUACUGGCAGGAGACUGGGCUGGACUUUAUCAUUGCCCCGCCCAAUGCUACACCCGCUGUCCCUCAUGAUGGCAUGCACGACGCUGUCAGCAGCUGCGGCUAUACGUUCAUGUUCAACCUGCUCGACUACUCUGCGGGCGUCAUCCCCGUCACACACGUAGACAAAUCCAAGGACCAACUGCCGGCCGGAUUUAAUUUCCGGAAAUUGAAUGGAGCCGCCCGAGGAGCCUACAAGCUGUAUGAUGCGGAUGAGAUGCAUGGCCUGCCCGUCGGCGUGCAGGUAAUCGGACGAAGAUUGGAGGAAGAGAAGGUCCUUACCCUGAUGGAGCGUGUCGAGGAUGCCCUAGGCAACGACAAGUUUCAGCUGCUUCAGGUGGACUAG